AUGCUUGGCGCACGCCCGCUUGCACUUCACGAUGAGGUUCCGCGCUAUCCGCCGCACACAAAAACUCCGGGAAGGGCAUUGAAAGGCCGGAAUACAUUGCAGGAAAACCUUGGUCACCACGGUGCUACGACGGUGAACGGAAAGGGAAAGUUGGUUCAGACGCCUCACCGGCCAGCCGUUCAAGGACUAAAGGCCGUCAAGGAUGGAAAACCUAUUGUUACCGUUCCCCGGCCACUCUUCGAUAAGACACCGCUCCCGAACCGUUUGGCGAAUGCCGUGCCGUUCAAAACCCCGGCCCCGCAGACCGCAAAACUCGCAAAGCUCUCUUUGCUCGACCCCGCACCUGCUUGUACACCACGUGGCGUCUUGCGUCCGUCAUCGACUCGCAAGAGCCUGCGCACACCUCGGAGUGGGAGCGCGAAACAUAGUUUCGAGACUCCGGUGACGCAAGGGAACCAUUGGGAUGUCAGUGAUGGAGAUGUCAGUAUGGAUGUGCAAGUGGGGGCUGAGGAGAAGGAGACAGUGCAUGAAGAUGACUAUGAUGAGAUCGAGUACAUGCCACCAAGUGCGAUAGAUGUUCCGUACGAGCCUCCUUUUGAUAUGCCCGACUACAAAGUCGCUGGCCGACAACUUUUUGAACUUGCGCAUUCAUGUCCAGUCGACGACUCCGCGGACCACUUCUACGCGGCUGAUAUCGAUACUAUGAUCGACACUCAAGAACUGUUGGUCAGCAGUGGGUUUUCAUCGUCUCCCUCUAUAUGGAACUACCUUCAGCUGCCUGAGCUCGAGGAUGACAGUAUCUUCGGCAUCAAGACUUCCAACGACUUCCAGGUCACGGUGAUGAGCAAGUCCACAAUGCGUCCAUCGGCCUCUCGUGUUGCUGCAGCAUCCCGCGUUGUCCCUGCACCUCGCCCUGUACCAUCCACACGCCCGACAACGACGAUGUCCACCUGCGCAUCUUCGAGACUCACGGUGUCGGCCGCGACGGGUUCAGCGACAAGUUCCGCAACACGUACCGCAAGUACAUCCGCGAACACACUCCCCAGCAAGGUUGCUCGAACCAGAGUACCAUCGUUAGUCUCCACGGCCGCUCCCAGACGGAAAGGUUCGGUUUAUGCGACUACCACUGGUACCACUACGAAUCCCACAACAGGAGUCACUCUGCGGGCUGCAAGCACGGCGCGGAAACCGUCUGCAGCUGCUGCAAAAGGGAAAUCGUCUGUGUACGCUACUACGACGGCUACUAGUACGUCGAAACCCCUUCCCAACUCUACUCGUCUGCGCGCACUUGGUCCGUUUACGAGCAGGACCAUAGUGGCGGCGGCGGCUGAGGUGCCGAAGGAUAGUAUGGUCUUGGAAUUCGCUAUCGGUGGGCUGGAUUCGGAACAGGACUUCAAGUUCGAUGUUUAG